GGGAUUCGGAUUAAACAUGGACAUGACCGGAGGCAUGAGACCCUUCUUCACGGGUUAUCCCUUUCAAGGUCAAGGCCGAAGGAAUCAAUUGGGCGGACAUUUUAUAAAUGGUCGGCCCCUUCCUAAUCACAUCAGGAAGCAGAUCGUGGAGAUGGCACAUGCGGGAAUUCGUCCGUGUAAGAUAUCCAGGGAUCUCAAAGUCUCCCACGGUUGUGUUUCGAAAAUUUUGAAUAGGUUCGAGGAAACUGGGUCAAUCAAGCCUGGUGUUAUUGGAGGCAGUAAACCCAGGGUCGCCUCUGCGGAAGUCGAAGCUAGGAUCAUGCAACUCAGGCGGGAAAAUCCGGAAAUGUACCCUUACGAAAUUCGACAAAGACUCAUUAAGGAGGGAUUUGAGGAGGCACCGAGUGUUACCUGUAUAACCCGAUUAUUACGUAGUACUAGUAGAUCGAUGGACGAUAGCAAAAAGGAUUACACUAUCAAUGGAAUUCUCGGUGGUCACAUUGUGAAGAGUAUGGACGAAUCUGACACUGAGAGUGAACCUAGUAUAACCCUGAAGAGGAAGCAACGAAGAAGUAGAACAACAUUCACCGGAAGUCAAUUGGAGCAGCUAGAAGCUUCUUUUCAAAGAGCACAUUACCCCGAUGUUUACGCCAGGGAGGAGCUCGCCCAGAGAACGGGAUUGACGGAAGCAAGAAUACAGGUAUGGUUCAGCAAUCGUCGUGCGAGAAUGCGUAAGCAUACAGGUAGCAUCGGGCAUACGAUGCACAAUUUUGCACCGAGUCAAGCCCCCUGCCAAUACGGAAUGACCGAGCUGAGUCAAUUGAUGCCACAAGUGCCAAGUGGUAUACCCCAGGUACCUACGAGCCUCCACCAAGCCUCAGGUGGUACUAUUCAUCAUUCACCCGCUAGUGUUGUUCAUCAGGUGGCAGCUACUAUAGUGAGCCAGGUGUUACCAACAACCACUACAACUAUGAGUGGUGUUCACAGCUCAGUUCCUAUUCCUGGAUCACUUGGUGGUCUUUCUACUCCCCAGAUUAGCCAACCAGCCUCUUUGCAACCUGCUACAGGGUUGUCAGCACCCUCCAGUCUCUCACACAAUGCAGCAAACACUCAUGCCAAUGAUUAUUAA